UACUGCUGGACUGCAGUGGCAGCCCCUCCCCCGGCCGGGACGCCCCUCUGUCCUGCUCUGCAGCACGUCCCCCCCUCCCCCCCGUUUGCGCCCCUUUAGUUAUGCUGCACUACAGCACCCAUGCCCCAUCCGGUCCGUCCCCCAAGUGUGCUGGACUGCAGUGGCCAUCAUCCGGAGCUCUGUGCUUCUGGGCGUUGAGCUAUGACACUUAGCGGCCUGCCUCUGAUCGAGAAAAUGUCUCCAUCACAAAAACCAAUGCGAUAUGGGCACACGGAAGGUCUCACAGAUGUCUGCUUUGAUGACACUGGAAGCUGCAUUGUAACUUGUGGCAGUGAUGGAGACGUCAGGAUCUGGGAGAGCUUGGAUGAUGACGAUCCCAAGUCAAUUAACGUGGGAGAAAAGGCCUACUCAUUUGCUCUCAAGAAUGGAAGGCUGAUUACUGCAGCAUCUAACAACGCUGUCCAGAUCCAUACGUUCCCAGAGGGCACUCCAGAUGGUAUCCUGACACGCUUCACCAUGAAUGCAAACCACGUGGUUUUCAAUGCCGAUGGGACCAGAGUAGCUGCUGGAUCCAGUGACUUUACAGUGAAAAUGGUGGAGGUGACUGACAGCAGCCAGCAAAAGACUUUUCGAGGACAUGAGGCGCCUGUUUUAAGUGUGGCGUUUGAUCCAAGGGACAUAUUUCUGGCAUCAGCAAGCUGUGAUGGUUUUGUCAGAGUGUGGAACAUUUCAGAGCAGACUUGCGAGAUGAGCUGGCUGCUGCUGCAGAGGUGCAAUGACGUGGUCAGUGCAAAAUCAAUAUGCAGACUCUCCUGGCAACCGAAAAGCGGAAAGCUGCUAGCCAUUCCGGUAGAGAAAGCCGUUCGGCUGUACCGGAGAGAAACCUGGGAACAUUGGCUGGAUCUGUCAGAUCACUCCAUUGCACAGCCCCUCAGCGUUGUGGCCUGGUCUCCGUGUGGGCAGUACGUGGCAGCUGGAAGUGUCGGUGGCUGUAUCGUCAUUUGGAAUGUGGACACCCAGGAGUGUCUGGAGAGGGUGAAGCAUGAAAAGGGCUACACCAUCUGCAGCUUGGCGUGGCACCCCAGAGGAGGUCAGAUCGCUUAUACAGACAUGGAAGGCAACCUGGGCCUUCUUGAGAACAUCUGUGCUGGGGAUGGAAAGAAAUCAGACCAGAAGGCACUCGCUUCUGCUACCAAAAGCUACAAUGACCUUUUUGAUGAGGACGGCGACGAGGACUUUCUGAAUGGAGAUAUGGCUGGCGAUGACUGGGGUGCAAAGGCAGUACCAAACGACGAAGAGGAAGAUGAUGACCUUAUGUUGGCAUCCGGACGUCCCAGGAACCGGGGAGCGAUCAUAGAGGAUGACGAGAACUCUCGAGAGACUGGGUUGCUGAAAGUUAACCCUGACCUUGACGAAGAAGAGGAUGAGCACCAAAGCCUUGUUCCAGUUCAGUCAACCCAGAGACCCUUCUAUGAUGGGCCGGUGCCAACUCCUCGGCAAAAGCCAUUCCAGGCUGGCUCCACCCCUGUACAUCUCACUCACCGAUUCAUGGCAUGGAACUCUGUUGGCAUUAUUCGCUGCUAUAACGACGAGCAAGACAACGCCAUUGAUGUUGAAUUCCACGACACUUCUGUACACCACGCGAUGCACUUGCCCAACUCUUUGAAUCACACAAUGGCGGCUCUUUCCAGUGAAGCUGUCUUACUAGCCUGCAAGAGCAGCGAGGAGCUAGCAAGUAAGUUGCACUGCAUCCAUUUUAACUCCUGGGACUCCAACAAAGAAUGGACGGUCGACAUGCGGCUGGAUGAGGAGGUCGACGCCGUUUGCCUGGGCCAGGGCUGGGCCGCCUGCGCCACGAGCACCCUCCUGCUCCGCGUGUUCACCACUGGGGGGUUUCAGAAGGAGGUGUUCAGCAUCCCUGGCCCUGUGGUGUCCAUGGCAGGGCACGGAGAGCAGCUGCUGGUGGUUUUCCACAAAGGUGUGGGCUUUGAGGGAGACCAGUGCCUUGGAGUGCAGCUGAUAGAGUUGGGAAGAAAGAAAAGGCAGAUCUUAUGUGGUGACUCACUUCCUCUUUCCAGAAAAUCCUAUCUGACAUGGGUUGGAUUUUCAGCAGAAGGUACCCCUUGUUACGCGGAUUCAGAGGGAGUCGUGCGCAUGCUGAACAGAGGGCUGGCUAAUACCUGGACUCCGAUUUGCGACAUGAGGGAGCACUGUAAAGGGAAGUCGGAUCACUACUGGGUUGUCGGCAUUCAUGAAAACCCUCAGCAGCUCAGAUGCAUUCCUUGUAAAGGAGCCCGCUUCCCCCCUACGCUUCCUCGCCCGGCAGUAGCUGUCCUGUCGUUCAAGCUUCCUUUUUGUCAGACUGCGACAGACAAGGGCCAGAUGGAGGAGCAAUUCUGGCGUUCUGUCUUGUUUCACAACUACCUGGACUACUUAACUCAAAAUGGAUAUGAACAUGAUGAAAGUGCCAAAGGGCAGGCAACCCAAGAACAGCAAAAUCUCCUGAUGAAAAUGUUUGCACUUUCCUGCACCCUAGAAAGGGAAUUUCGUUGCAUGGAGCUUGCUGAGCUCAUGACGCAGAAUGCCACCAGCCUGGCCAUCAAGUACGCCUCUCGCUCUCGGAGGCUGAUGCUCGCCCAGCGGCUCAGUGAACUGGCUGCAGAGAAAGCAGCAGAGUUGGCUGCUGCUGAAGAGAAGAGCAUGCCAGAGGAAGAGGAGCAGCCGGCGCAGGAGGCGGACCUCAGGACCCAUCGGAAUGCUGGUUACAGCAGCACCCCCACGGAAUGGAGCCAGGCUCGGGUCAGGAACCUCCAGCGCCAGCAAAGCAUGGAGACCUUUGAGGAUGAGGAAGACGACAAGCCAGAGGUGUCCAAACCCAGAUCUCCUGUGCUCAGCAGAGAUGUGGCUACUCCCAAAUCUGCUGUAAAUGUCCCCAGCAACCAAGGGCGUGUCAAUCCUUUCAAGGUAUCCAAUAGCCAAAAGGACCCGCUGGUUCCUUCACCUAAUAUUUUGGACAGCAUGACGAAACUGUUCAAGAAGACAUCUGUGCCCAAUGGCCGAGCUGCUCCAAGCAAGGAGAAGUGCCCCGUCAUCAAGCCGUUGACUCCCAAGCCCAAGUCAAAGCAGGUGCCAGCAGCUGCGUUUUUCCAACCCCGAACACCUAGCACUGAAAAGAGAACCAGCAAAGAGGGAGCAGAAGGAGUGGAACCCGCCCCAGCCGCUUCGCCGGCGAUGCCUGCGGACAGCGACAGUAAACGGCCCAAGACUGGAUUCCAGAUGUGGCUUGAAGAGAACAGAAGCUCUAUUCUGGCAGACGAUCCUCAUUUGGAAGAAACAGAAAUAAUAAAAGAAGGCAUGAGUCGAUUCAGAGCGCUUUCCUCCGAAGAAAGGAUGGCCUGGACUGAGAAAGCCAAAGGAAGAGAAGUUGGUGACCCAGCUGAAGGAAAAAAGAGGAAGCGCUUGGGAGCCGGUAAGAGGGACGGCCAGGAAGCUGAAGUCCAGGCCUCAGAAGCAGACACCAGCUCAGCCAAAAAGUCCAAAUCCUUUGAGGAGUCCACCAUCACGAAGCUGUCAGCGUUUGCAUACAAGCAAAGCUAAGCCCACCGACGCCUUUCUAAGGCUCCUUGCCGAACUUCAAGCUGCUGCACAGACCAGCCCUCCAAAGGAUCUGUGGUGGUGCUGAGCGUCCAGGCGAAGCAGCGCACCCUGGAAAUAGUGUCACACACCUACUGUAUGUGGCUUAAUGUUUUCUCUGUGUAGCACAGGCUACUUGCAAAAUGAGUUUUCCGUGAGUUUGUAGGUGUGAAGCAGUGUCCGUUUUCCACUGUGCCACUCAGAAGCUGGUCCUGGUAGGUCCUUUGCACCAAGCCAGGACCAGUUCCCCCUGAAUAAGGUUUGUUCUAAUGCUGUGUUACCAUUUGGCGAGGCAAAGAAGUAAUAGAAGAGCAAACGCAGCCUGACGGAUCAACAGAAGACCACACAGGGUCGAUACUGAGUUGCCGUUUACGUGUUUCUCAAAGUUUUAGACGAAGUUGAGCAACAUAGCAAAGCCUUUUGCAGGUGCGAUGGCGUGGCGGGUUCACCUGUCACCCAGCAAGGCUAGCAAAUGCCUCUGCCCGCCUCGUUGUGUGCUGGCAGGCGAGAUGACUUUGCGGUGAAGACCUCUUGUGAUCCUUCUGCAGUUUGGCCAGUUUGGGCAGGAGUCACACAAGCUGCGUCAGAUUUGUGCAGCGGAACCCCAGCCACAUACAGGAGAAUAAUCUUAGAAUGUUGCAUAUUUUGUGUUACUGGUGUUACUAAAUAAAGACCUUUUUAGAUCUCAA